CGUGCCGUGCGUCCCGAGAAAUGGACUUGGACGUUCGAAACGUGCAUUGAAUCGAGACCGAGACGCGACCGAGUGAGAAUCGAGUCGGUCAUGAUAGUGCGACGAUUCGAUUGAACGAUUCCGAACGAUUCGCGCGGCGCACGGAGCGAAUCGCGGUUCAAGUUUCCCGGCGCGGCCGCUCGCGCGAGUGAGGGCGGCAGUAUCGUUCUAACCGUCGGUCCGUGCGGUCGCUUUUGCGGCGUAGUCUGUGAUUUUUAGUGUAGCUCCAGAUAAUCCAAGUUAAUCUACAAUGGCGGAUCAGCUAACAGAGGAACAGAUCGCGGAGUUCAAAGAGGCGUUCUCACUGUUCGACAAGGACGGCGACGGCACCAUCACCACCAAAGAGCUGGGCACCGUGAUGCGCUCGUUAGGACAGAACCCCACAGAAGCUGAACUGCAAGACAUGAUCAAUGAAGUCGACGCGGACGGCAACGGCACGAUAGACUUCCCCGAAUUCCUCACGAUGAUGGCGCGCAAAAUGAAGGACACGGACAGUGAGGAGGAGAUCCGCGAGGCGUUCCGCGUGUUCGACAAGGACGGCAACGGGUUCAUCUCGGCCGCGGAGCUGCGCCACGUCAUGACCAACCUCGGCGAGAAGCUCACCGACGAGGAGGUCGACGAGAUGAUCCGCGAGGCCGACAUCGACGGCGACGGCCAGGUCAAUUACGAGGAGUUCGUCACCAUGAUGACGUCGAAGUGAGCCGCCGGCUAGUGUGUGUGUAUAAAGCAGAGAAUUUUAAUAUACAUUUUGUUUCAUGCCACACAAUAUUACCAUCGUAUUGGACCUGCAUUUCUCUAGUGUUUGCGAUAAAUUACGUCAUUUAUCAGUUAUUCGGGAGGGCGUCGAGCCCUCUCACUAUUUAGACUUUAAAGUAUUCCGUUAAUUUUACUAUGUAAGGAAGAAAUCUUCGUGUAGCGGUGCAAGGCGAAACGUCAAGUGUUGCGCGUUGUGGUGAUAGUGUGAGAGUGUGCCGUUCCGGCGAGUGCUGCGCGGGGCACGGGGCUGCGAGCGACUCCUUCCGCGCAGCACUUUGGACUGCUGAUAAUGUAAAUUUUUUUCAAGUAUGAGAUAUUUAUAAAGUACGUGACAUUAAAAAAAAUUUGAAAAAUCCUUAUAAAAAUAAGAUACCGUGGCAGUAGCAGCGCUGUAAAAUAUUAAUAUUGAAUGUUUCAACUCGAUUGACUCGUAACGAAUAAAUUAGAGUACUGCAUGAAUUAAUUGUAUCUGUAAAUUACUUGAUAAAUAAUAUUAUAUUUCUAUUGUCGUUGAAGUGCUCCGCUGUGUUAUUAUCUUACCAUUUGAUUCAUUCUGUUAUUAAAUUAUACAAAAGACAUACUGAAAAUAAAUGUUUCUUCAUUUUUAGGUCAAUAAG